AUCAUGUUCUACAACUUUCAAGAGGAUUGAAAUUAAUUUCAAUGAUGUGGGAAAUUCGAAAUAUAUUAAAAAUUAUUUCUAAUAAUUGGAGAAACAUUUUAGACAGCAUGGAAGAAAUAACAAUAAUACUAGCGGAACAACGAGUAAAAAUUGAUGAAAAUAUUCCUCAAUUUAGAAACUUUAUUUUCAGGCAAUAUCAACCAAUACAAUACUCUUAUAAUUAA